AUGACCGAAAAAGAAAAUAAAAAAUAUACUAAAGCAAACAGAGAUAGGCCACCUGAUAAGCAAAACCAACCGCCUUUACCUCGUACCACCGAUGCUGUGUUAGAAAGAAAUUCUCAAGAGCUUCAAAAUUCAAAAGCUAGCUCCCACAUAAGAAUACCACGAAUGCAAAAUGAAAGAGAAAGUGAUAAAUGCAUUGAAAAAGUAGUGAUACUUAUAUCAAUUAUUUUGGUUGUCUUAACACUGCCACUGUCAUUGCUCUGCGUCUUCAUGGCUGUCCGUCAAUUCGAAAGAGUAGUCAUACUCCGAAAUGGCAAAGUUUACAAAAACCGUGCUUUUGGCCCGGGUCUCGUCUCGUAUUUGCCUUGUGUAGAUACUGUAAAAUUUAUUGAUCUACGCACAAUCGUUUACGCUGUUCCUCCUCAAGAAGCGCUAACCAAGGAUUCACUAACAGUUUCAGUAGAUGCCGUAGUAUUUUAUAAAAUAUUCGAUCCUAUACACGCUGUUAUAAACGUAACUCAUUACAAAUCCUCCACACAAUAUUUGGCAGCCACAACACUUCGCAAUGCACUUGGAACAAGGAAACUUGCAGAAGUACUAGCUAAUAGACCAGAGGUCAGCCGUCAGGUAUUUGAACUGAUGAAGAAUAUAACAAGAGAGUGGGGUGUCCAAAUUGUCAGAGUAGAAAUG